AUGGAUCCACCUCCUAAUCCCAGAGUCGGAGUCGCAGUUUUCGUGCUCAACUCCGAGGGCAAAUUUAUUGUCGGAAAGAGAAAGGGAAGCCAUGGCGCUGGUACUUGGGCUCUACCGGGCGGCCACCUGGAAUAUGGUGAAUCUUGGGAGACAUGUGCAGAGCGUGAGACGCUUGAAGAGACAAAUUUGAAGAUUGGAGAUGUGCGAUAUUUGACGGCUACAAAUGAGGUAUUUGAGGCGGAACGCAAGCACUAUAUUACCAUUUUCAUGGGGAGUGUCUGUGAACAAGGGGCUCAGCCAGAAAUCUUGGAGCCCGAGAAGUGUGAAGCAUGGGAAUGGGUCUCUUGGGAGGAGCUGACGACGUUCGGAAAAGCUGGUGGUCAAUUUGAGAGCAGAGAGUUGUUCAAGCCGAUCUCCAGUUUAUUCAAGCAGCGUCCUGACUUUCGCGUGUGA